AUGGCCGAGACCUCAGCACCAGAAGUGGUUCAUGCCGAGCCGAAUGAGACCGGACUCUACGAAAUUGAAAGUCUAUGCAUGAACUGUCGCGACAAUGGCGUCACUCGAAUUCUCCCUAUCAAAAUUCCUUUCUUCAGAGAAAUCCUGUUGGAGUCCUUCUCUUGCGAUCAUUGCGGCUGGAAAAACAACACUGUAAAGAGUGCGGGUCAGAUUCAAGAAAAAGGCACCAAAUAUACCUUCAAGUUGGACAAAGAAGCCGAUUUCCAGCGGCAGGUUGUUCGGAGUGACAACGGCGUAUUCAGGCUUGAAGACAUCGAUCUCGAGAUGCCACCUGCACCCGGCCAAUUCACCAACAUUGAAGGUCUAAUCUCGAAAAUAAAGACAGACCUAGAGUACGAUCAACCAGCCCGAAAAGAGGCGUCCCCAGAUUUGUAUCAUGCACUGGAAGCGAUUCUUGAAAAGAUUAGAAACAUGCUAGAGGGCAAGGCAUUUCCGUUCACUGUGUCAUUAGACGACAUAUCUGGAAACUCGUUUAUCGAGCCCUCACCAGAGGACAAAGGCUCCAAGUACAUCCGACACGACUAUCUCCGCACAAAUGCUCAGAAUGCGCAACUGGGUUUACUCGCUGAUGAGGAUGUUGAAGACUCUGCGGGGGGUGGUAUGGAAGGCGUUGACAUUGUCGAUGACCAGGUGUACGAAUUGCAUGCUGAGUGCCCUGCUUGCUCCAAGCCAUGUACAGUCAACAUGAAAAAGACCAACAUUCCACAUUUCAAAGAAGUCAUCAUCAUGGCCACAGUCUGCGACCAUUGUGGCUACCGAACAAGCGAUGUAAAGACAGGUGGUGCGAUUCCGGAAAAGGGCAAACGCAUCACGUUGGAAAUUCGGACGGUGGAAGACAUGUCCCGGGAUAUCCUCAAGUCAGAGUCUUGUGUGCUCAAAAGUCACGACCUGGGUCUCGAGGUGCAACCAGGAACGCUUGGCGGGCGGUUUACUACGGUCGAAGGUCUCCUGACGCAAGUCAGGGACCAGCUACACGGACAAAUCUUCGAUGUCGAAGACGAGGGCCUGGCGCCGGGUGACUCCAUGUCUUCGGAGACGAAAUCGAGGUGGGACGCCUUCUUCAGCAAGCUGGACAAGGCUAUCAAAGCAGAGUUUCCCUAUUCUAUCACUUUGGAAGACCCGCUUGCCAAUUCUUUCGUGCAGAAGAAUGUGGACUCCGGGGAAGAUCCCCAAAUCAAAAGCGAGGAGUACGAGAGAACAGAAGAGGAAAUGGAAGAUCUCGGUCUCAACGAUAUGAAGACUGAAGGCUAUGAGGAAGACAGCUCUGCAUAA